UCAGUUGUGAAAACCCAUGCCCAUCCCAAUCUGAGGCUUAUAAAAUAGAGCGGGCUGGAUGAAGAUGAUGCGACUGAACUGAGCAAACCAAAGGUCUAAUCAUGAAGCUCAUUCUUGCUGUGCUGGUGGUGCUUUUGGUGGUUGGGACCCAGGCGCAGUGGUACCGCUUCCCAGUAGAAGCCGUUCUAGGUUCGUGGGACAUGGGGAAAGCCUACUGGCAUAUGAGGCAGGCCAACUAUAAGAACUCAGACAAGUAUUUCCAUGCACGUGGGAACUAUGAUGCUGCAAACAGAGGCGCGGGAGGCAGAUGGGCAGCCGAAGUCAUCAGUGAUGGAAGAGAGGCUCUGCAGCAUCUCAGUCGCCGCGGCAACUCUGAUUCUGAAGCCGACCAGGAGGCCAAUCGCUGGGGGCGUAACGGUGGAGACCCCAAGCGCUUCAGGCCCGAAAGCCUUCCCAAGAAGUACUGAACACAGAAAAGCUCUGAAAUCAUCAGUGCCUCCUGGAUCUUUUU